UGACCGUACACGUUUGUGGGACAAAUUGAUUCUAGGCUUCCAGCAUGGUGAAGCUGCACAAAAGGGGGCCGGUCGUGCCUGGCACUACUAGCAGGGUCCCGCUGUACUGCGGGCGGGGAGCUCAGCUGCAGCACCGGGACCUCGGGGUCAGUAGGCAGGGGCGGGGAAGCCGCGGCCGCGCCCUCCUGGCCACUCCCCGACCGGCGGUGGGUGGCGCGCACUCGCCUAUGUCCUCCGCGCCACCACGAUCGCCCACCCCGCGGGCCCCCAAGAUGAAGAAGGACGAGUCUUUCUUGGGCAAGUUGGGCGGCACACUGGCAAGGAAGAAGAAGACUAGGGAGGUGACUGACUUACAGGAAGAAGGCAAGAGCGCCAUCAACUCUCCAAUGGCCCCGGCUUUGGUGGACAUUCACCCCGAAGACACCCAGCUCGAGGAGAAUGAGGAGCGUACCAUGAUUGAUCCCACCUCUAGAGAAGACCCCAAGUUCAAGGAGUUGGUCAAGGUGCUUCUGGACUGGAUCAACGACGUGCUGGCGGAGGAGCGCAUCAUUGUGAAGCAGUUGGAGGAGGACCUGUAUGAUGGCCAGGUGCUACAGAAACUUCUGGAAAAGCUGGCACACUGCAAGCUGAAUGUGGCAGAGGUGACACAGUCCGAGAUCGGGCAGAAGCAGAAGUUGCAGACCGUUCUGGAAGCCGUGCAAGACCUGCUUCGGCCCCACGGCUGGCCGCUGCGUUGGAAUGUGGACUCUAUCCACGGGAAGAACCUGGUGUCCAUUCUGCACCUCCUUGUCUCCCUGGCCAUGCACUUCAGGGCCCCCAUCCACCUUCCUGAGCAUGUCACUGUGCAGGUGGUGGUCGUCCGGAAGCGGGAAGGCUUGCUGCACUCCAGCCACAUCUCAGAGGAGCUAACCACGACCACAGAGAUCAUGAUGGGCCGGUUUGAGCGGGAUGCCUUCGAUACUCUUUUCGACCAUGCCCCGGACAAGCUCAACCUUGUGAAGAAGUCUCUCAUCACGUUUGUGAACAAACACCUGAAUAAGCUGAACUUGGAGGUGACUGACCUGGAGACCCAGUUUGCAGAUGGCGUGUACCUGGUUCUACUCCUGGGCCUCCUUGAAGACUACUUUGUCCCCCUUCACAACUUCUACCUGACUCCUGACAGCUUUGACCAGAAGGUGCACAACGUGGCCUUUGCCUUUGAACUGAUGCUGGACGGAGGACUCAAGAAGCCCAAGGCACGCCCUGAAGAUGUGGUGAACUUGGACCUCAAGUCCACUCUGCGGGUCCUUUACACGCUGUUCACCAAGUACAAGGAUGUGGAGUGACGGAGCAACUGAUCCUCCAGGGAAAAGUGCUAGGCCAGAAAAAAAUGGGUGCAUCCAUCCACGGUCCCUGCGUUCCCAGAAAACACCUCCCCAGGGAGCCCUCAGGCUUCCCAGGCCUCUGCUCCCUGCCCCCUGCCUGGUUUGGUUUUAAACCCUUCCCCUCCCCCACA